AUGGCCGACACCUGCUUAGGCGAAGGCUCAUUCACUGUCGAUGAGGAUGUGGAGGUUUGGGCAACGGAAGGCGACUGGAACCGCUGCAACUCUAUCAUUCGAUCCGCCAUCUCAGCCAGCCGUGAGACCGUGAGAUCUUGAAAACCGGACGCCAGGAUCGUUUGAACAUCUGCAGGCAGACGCUCAAGAAACAUCUCCUUGACGAAUUUGUCGACCGACCUCCUUGUCUCCAAGGAGAGAACGCAUUUGACGUAGAAGUUCUGAGGGCUUUUGCUCACUCAGUGACUCCACCUUAAGUUACUUGUGGUACCGCUGUGAUACCGCUGUCGAUCAGACGAAGAAUUAAGUUGAAUAAUUUCUGACUUUAACGUGGAAAAGGGAGCAUGUGCAGUAGAAUUAGAUAGUAAGGACUGAACUUGAGUGAUAACACUAGCGGGGAGGACCUCCACAAGUUUGUGGUAUUUCGCCAGCUCCUUGUUAACAUUAGCAGAAUAAAAGACUGGCUCGAUGCGGAUGAAAUUAAAUUCUGGAGCGUGUUGCCAGAAUUACGGCAAGGUAAAAGUGACGGCAUGAGGGGACUGGGUGGAGGCACCAAUUUGUUGGUUUGAAUGAGGCAUAAUAAUUAAGACAGUGGUGGUAAAAUAUCUGAAUUCGUGAGCAAAGUAGACGUAAAUGAAAUAGAAAUUCACCAAAAAGUACUUUAAAUCUCAUUCAGUAUGACAUAGAAAGGAAUAAAUUCUGCGAUAACGUCGGGAUUCAUCAAUGACGUAGAUGGUAAUGUGAGUUAUAUCACACGAGCCCCUAGCCUUAAAGGCAGCAAGUAAAACUGAGCAUUGAAUAAUAUAGAGAUUCUGAACGUUAAGUAACCUGAAAACAGAGCGCGACGCCAAAACAGGCCAGCAAGGCGGGUUGUACAAAUGUGUUGUUUUUCGUUCCAUUCAAACAAACAGUGCGGGCAAAGAAAACGGAACUAAAUUGUCAAAGGUAAAUUAGUCCGGUACCUCACCACAUACUGGUGCAGUACACCACUCGCAUUUCUGCUUCUUUGUGAGCAUUUAAGGCUUUGGCAAAGGUGGUCCUACCCAGAUCUCCGAAUGACCAGCUCUUUACUAAAUUUUUUUGGUCGAGACCUUCCCACUUCUCAAAGCCUCCGAUAAUGCUCUGUCGAGGUAGCGGUCAUUGAAUGAGUUAAUGCAAUCUACCAUUCGCAGUUUCGCCGUAGCCGGCAGUCGCAUCGUGGCCGCGUUCGUGAUGGAUGUUAGAAUGCAGCAGAUGUCACGCCUGUCUGCCAUCACUAUAAACGAAUCCUCGUUUUGAGUAAUAUCCUGAAGGCACACGGUGUGUGCCGCCGCUUGUGAAGACCGAAAUGGCGUUGCCUAAGGCAUUCAGCAAACGAAUACGAUGAGCGCUAGUCCCUCAACUCGGCCUUCCAUCUUCACUUCGACUACCCAGUCAAUUAUAAUUAGGAGAAAAAAAUUGUGCAAAUCGGCUCACAACAACGUUUGCAUUGCCACACUGUUUUAACUAUUCUGAUCGUAACCUGUAUCAUUCACUCUGCCCGCCGCAUUGCACGAUUCAUAGUCAUAAAUCUGCCAGCGAAGAAGUGAGUUGCAGGAAGCAGUGUGCGGAGGAGAAGACACGAACACCGUCUGACGUUUCGCAUUCACACCCAAAAGCAUCAUCAGAGGCAAAAUCGUAAAAUGUUUUACAGUCCUCUUGGCAAGCGGUUAAAAAGAACAUGUCAACUAACGUGCAUAAUCUACUUCUUCUGCCGUCUGGAAAGUUAUAAUCAAGCGCAACCGCACAGGUUAAGGGAGCGGUCACUUAAAUCAUGGCUCCGGACAAAGGAAGGUUUGGCUUUCAGGGACGCCGAGGCGUUUGAUCGAAUUUCCUAUAAUGGGAUCAGCAUGCUAUCGUGAUUUUGAUCUCACAUAUGACUACUAGGCAUGAAUACUUGCGGGAACCGACGGAAUCACGGUCCGACAGAUGGGGCGCGAGUUAAAGUCACUCUUACACUAGACUGGCGCGAAUCAAAGGACGGGCAAAAACUCCUAAAACCAUGAAGAUGAAGUCCCAUGUUCUCAUAGUCAUCUUUGUCUGACAGGCUCAAACAAGAAAAAUGACAACUUGUCAUCGAAAUGUCUAAGAAACCGCUAAACAGAAGUGGAAGUAAAACAAAAGAAAUCGGAAUUUGUCAACCACUAACGUGACAAGGAUACUGUUCUUAUAGAGCCACUUGAUAGGGUUACGUGGUGGGGCGAGAAGGUAGAUCGAAAUGCCUCCCAUUGAUUCGUCCAGUUAGGAUAGAUUUGUUAUUGCACUUUCAAGGUCACUUGGAAUAGACCCUGUCAGAGACCAAAGGACUACUUAGUGGAUCACCGAGGUUCUUGGAUACGAAACGCCUCGAAGAAUGUCAUUUCACUAUCCUUACCAUGGUGUAACCAACUAUAAUAACUUAGGCAUGCGGCUCAGAUGAAAAUGGCAUCAUGAGCAUUGUAUUCUGAAGGGAGGAUUCAUCGAUGAGGGCACCUGUAAAACGUUACCGUUUACCUGAAUUUUGAUCGUCCCUCCACUCUACUACGUGCAUACAGUAGAUGUGCAAUCUCAUGUUAUUCUAGCUGGAAUGUGUUUUCUAUUUGAAGAGAUGACUUUAAUAGGACGGUAGGAUCACUUGUUCAAAAUCUCGCCAACAGAAAAUUGAUGUACAGUUUCACUGGCAGCCUAUUUAAUGCGAAUAUGCUUUGGCCCUAUCAAGGGAAUGAAAAAUCACAGGCCCGCGCGACUGUGAGUGCGGAAAUAAGUCCAACUAAUUUGAUCCCAGAUGCCGGAAAACGGCCAUUACAUUAUUUAUUUUGCCAAUUUCCGGCACUCCUAGAGUAGUCAAUUGACUGUGAGGAGCCAAAAGGCAAAGUGGAACCGUCUGUGCUUCGUGUUUACCAAUCUGAAUAAAUUCGUGGACGGCAUUUAACAUUUUGGUCACGCGAUAUUGACAGUUUUUGAAUCCAGAUCAAAAUCUUAAAAAUGUAUUUUCCACCAGAAAGCACGUGAGUGACGAUGGCGGCUCGCCGAUGGGAUGAACCUCUCGCAACUGUGUCAUAUAGCAGCAGAACUGUGGCGAAACACGCGUGUCUGGAUUUAUCAUCGGCGCCUGUGCUUCUCGCAUGAUAAUCAUGCAAAUUCAAGUAGGAAUAUGUGCACACAGACCUAUUAGAUUCUUUAAGCAAAAUGGCAUCAUAUAGAUGGUAAAGACCACAAACAGGCAACUAAUAACCAGGUCAAAUUAAGUUAAGUUGUAAUGACAGAGAGAGAGAGAGAGAAGGAACGACUUAGAGUAGGUGUGCUAACUCAUGAAAUGUUGAUUAAUUAUUUUGCAGCAUGGUUCUACAAUAAUAACCUCAGGGUGCUGGCAAUCGAAUGAAUUUAUUUAUGACCGUCUGAAAAAUUACGCUCGGUAAAAACUGCCCACUUAAAUGGCAGCAGAUUUUCUCAUAGAUUUUCGAUACCCUUAUUAUGUGCAACACAUGUCAUAAAACUAUACAUUUGCUUCCUCAUUUGGUAGAACAAGUCUUCCAAUGUUAUACUCGUAGGAAGGGUAUAACUUCGUUUUAAAAUAUUUCUAGUUGUGAGGUUUUUAAAUACCGUGAAACAGCCGCUCAUGAAACGUCAUUUCAUUGUACUUAGCAAUGUGGCUGGUAAAGUUAACAUUAUGGUUCAAAUUCACUGCUAAAUUUUAUGAAACCCGCAUGGUUUUCUUCUAAUAUCGUGGAGAAAUGUAUGGUUUUUGCACGCGGAACGCUUAUGGAUCGUAGGUUGGGAAUUCUGAAAACAAGUGUAACGGUAGGUCGAGCUCAAAAUCAUUUGGGGAUUAGAAGAGUUUUUUAAAACCCACAAAUACCCUCUCCUCGAGUAUGAAAUUGUAAGAAGACGGAGUUGUCUACCCAAUGCGUGAAAAAAUAAGUGUUUUCAUGCUCUUUUUCUACAAAAUAUAUUUAAAUUUACGAGGGCAUAGAAAAUCAAUCAAAAAGAUUCACACUACCUACAUAAGUAGUCAUUUUUUACAUAGUGUGGUUUUUGCAUGUGGCCGGAAACAUAUUCCUUCGAAAACGGUAUCUUGAGGCAACUGAAUUAUUUUAAAAUUAUUCUGGAGAACGAUUAGUUUUACGACCCUUCUUAAUUAAUCUUUUCGAAUCGAAAACGCAUUUAAAAAUUUCGGCUGACAUUUCAUGCGCAAACACACCUUACAAUAUUGGUUGAUUGGAACAGCACUUUUUGGGGUCUAUUUAGACUUCAUUUAGCCAGCUAUCUUCCCGAUGACCAGGUAAGAGCAGAAACAUAAACAUGCGAUGGUUCACAUAUGGACCCAAGCGGAUGCAUCGUAAGCACCUCAUCGAACCGAAGUUUAUUAGCGCCUGCCCACCUGUCACUUUCAUCGCUGCCGCUAUUGUGAUUUGCCUGAUCCCGAUUCUUGCCGCCUACUAGGUGCUUCUUCUGACAAUGCAGCAGAUCGGUAGAUGCAAAUUCUUCAUUCAAUAGCUGCUAAGUCUGCAACAAAAUGGAGAAUGACAGGCGGGGAGACGCUGAUGAGCUUUGCUUUGAUAAAGAGAUUAUGACCUAUCUGUUAGAUCCCGUAUGUGGGCCAUCUGCGUAGUGUACGAGCGCGAAUAAUUUUUUGAGCUCCCAGCUGUUAGUCAGGGACCUAAUUGACUGACUGAAGGCAGAAACGGCAAUUAUUAGCGUGUCCAAACUUUGCGUCGACCCUCGUACGUACAAAUGGAGUAGGAUUGGUAGCUCAAUAAAUCUCAAGUGAUAUUGCAAAAUGCGUUUUCAAUCCGAAAAGAUUAAUUAAGUUGGGUUUUGACAUGAAUAAUUUGACAGUAGUAGCUCAGGAUAUUUUAUUCAUAUUAGAUAUCCGUUUUCAAACGAGCUUCUUUGCGGUUCUUUGCAAAAACUAUACACUGUAAAAACGACUGCAUUGGUCUUACUGAUUUUCAAUGCACUUAUAAAUUAAAAUUUUUUAUAGGAAAUAGAAAAAGUAUUCGUUCUCUUACUCAUUUGCUGGCAAACUAUAUCUUUUUUCUAAACCGAAAUAUGAUUCUGUUUUCAAAUAUUUUAGAUUUCUGAAAAAUUUUGGACUCCACCUCUCCUUAGACUUGCUCUCAAGUUUCUCAAACUAUAAACUGUACAUUUUUUGUAGGGAAAACUAUACAUGUUACACGCUAUUAAGUGGAAACCUUGUGGGUGUUUAAAGUUCUGCUCUUAAUUUGAAUCAUAUUGCAUAAUUCACAUGCAGAUUCAAUAGCUGUUGAAAUCCGAUGUUUUACGCAUGAAGGAUUGGCGAUCCUGUAAAGAUACACAAUGACAAACUCUUUUAAAACUGGAAGAUAACCUUUCUCGAGCGCAAAAUUUGAAAAAAACAAUCUGCUACUAAAUGGUAGACACAAAAAAAUAUUUUUGUACAUCUUUUUUAAAAAAAAUCCAUGUUCAUUAGAACGUUGGAAAUCGAUAAGAAGAACUCAUAUUUAUUAUACGGUCAUUUUUAAAGAGUGUAAACUUGUAAACAGCCGAAAAGAAGCCAGAGCAGCAUUCUGGUGUGAUUAAAAUAGCUUUGGAUCAUGCUACGCCGUACUUAUUAACACAGCCCUACUUAGGUGGUGUCAUCGAGUCAAAAGCGCAUAUCCGAAUCCUGGCUUACAUCUUGUGAGAAAGCGUACCCACCGUAUAAAAGUAUAUUGUCCGAAACAAGGAGAAUGGCAUGGCUUAUUAUUGGUCGUCAUCUAUCAUUUAUCCCAACCCAGGUUUGACUAACAAGAUCAUCAAACUCCGAAUGUUGGAUUUUUAAACAUUAUAAAGUUCAACGCCCCACCAUUCAGCCACGGAUCCAUUUUCCUCGCAGUUGCUGUCAAGAAUAUAGAUCAUCGAAGAAUGUACGUUUUCCGAUCGGGUUACAAAAUAUGCCCAUCUCUUUGUGUCUCGGGGCUCAGUCUAGUAUCUUCACAGUCAGUCACAUGGUGACUAGUAAUGUAUGCAGAAGUACAGAGCCGACAAAGGCUAGGGAGAUCGGCAUAAACACUUCUGAGUUAUUAGCAUAUAGUACUGAUCACUGUCCCACUGUUUGUGUUCAAAGGGGCGACGAAGUAGGCGUUAUCUGCAACUCCAUCGGCGCAAAGCACUUCCCUUGAUAGAAGUGUUUACGUCUUCCCUCGCACCUGACCUGUCCUGCAGAAAUUUUAAGCUAUCUGCUGGUUGAAGAAUGAGACACGCUUGCUGGGAAAAAGAUCUUUUUUGUCUGACGCUUCGGAUUCCUGCUCGACUACCUUCAAAAAGCCAAAUGUUUGCUGAAGGACCGACAGUUCUAUGUCCCCAUCUGCAACGGAACCUUUAAAAGCGUUGACACGCGAAAUCGAUGCUACAUUUUUGGCCUUGGCUAUCUCAGGUGCAAUAACACCGACCGACAGACGCAUGGCCAGACCCCAAGAUACGGCUUUGGCCCGAUUCUAUGGCCUCCCUAAGGUGCACGAAGACUGCACUCCCCUCUGACCCAUCGUGUCGCUCAAAGGCACUCCAAAGUACUGACUGGCUAAGUGGCUGCUCCGGCGUCUUAAGUUCCUGACCGCUGAGUCAGACACCACGGUCUCUUUGUCUGCACAAUUCCAAGAGGAACUCAAAGAGGUAAGCCUCCAUCCAAAUGAGCUCACGGUAUGUUUUGAUGUUACCACCCUUUUUACUUCUUCCCCAGGACCUGGCGAUAGAGACAAUCGAGCUGCUUCUUAAAAGCAAAUACAAUGAAACGGGGAAUCUUCUUGGACAUGCCCAAGUCCUUCAGCUCCUGAAGGACGCGUAUCAGGACGUACUUCACGUUCGACGGGACAAUCUACGAAGAGGUAAAAGGCACACCAAUUUGUUCACCGAUUUCGAGAUGACGCGAAUGUCGGUCAUACAACAGUCAGCACACCAAGCGCUACGAUUCCUGAUGAAGCGGGGAGCCGUGGAAUAUUCAUAA